CAUUUAUCACUGACAUCCAAUGCUGCCUGGGAUGUAAUCUGGUCAUGGCGUUUUCUUCACAUUUCCUGAUUACCUGCGCUCUACUCAUCUGCUUAUGUUCUGCUAAUGGUCUAACAGCUGUGAUACAAACACAGCAGACUGUGAUGGCAGCAGUAGGAGAAGAUGUCCAUCUCAGCUGUCUGCUCAUGGAGUCUAAAGAUGUUCUUCAGGUCACAUGGCAGAAACUUUCACCUGAGGGGAAGAAGAAGAAUCUUGUCACCUACAACAAAUACUUUGGACAAACAGUGAAUCCUGGUUUUCAGGGGAAAGUGGAGUUUAAAGUUGCUGGACUGCAGAACUGCUCCAUAGUUAUCAGGAAGGUGAUGGAGCAGGAUGAAGGCUGCUAUCUCUGUUUGUUUAACACGUAUCCUGAUGGUUAUCUGACAGGCAGAACCUGCCUCCAACUCUAUGAGCUGCAUGAACCCAUUCUACAAAUCAGAGAAUCAAACUCUACUGAAGAGACAGUUGUGUCCUGCUCGGCCACAGGUCGUCCUGCUCCCACAGUAACUCUGAAUGUCCCACAACAAGACCUCUACUUCUCUCACAACAGCACAGUCAGUGUCACCAACACCAACGGUACAGUCACCGUCACCACUACUGCUGUGCUGUCUGGUUUCCAUGGAAACGACACACAGGUUGGAUGUGCAGCACGACUGCUCUCAGUCUCUGAAAUUCAGGUGUUUGAGACGAUUCCUGCUGAUGGUUUUAAUGAUGAAUCUGGAUCCAAUAAGAAUUUCACUUUGAUCGUUACAUUGAUCACAGCAGUGGUCGUUGUUUGUGUUGCUGUAGUCGUCACUGUCCUGCUCAGACAUAAACAUAAGAACAGUCUGUCACACAGGGACGAUGAGGAGAUCAAGAUGCCACAAGAACCAAUCAAAGACCCUUAUGUGUACAAAACACUUUUAAUGAAUCUGGAGAAAGAGUAGAUCUGGCGACAGACAUCUCUGGAGGAAAAUCCAAAAGAGGAGAAACAAGAACCAUCAUCUUCAUCAACACACAGUUAGAAGUCUGUUUAGUGACAAACAACCUACAAGACUGUAGUUUCAAUACAAAGUCAGUCAGACUUGAACAAAGCUGCAUCAAAGCAUGUGUUGUUAAAAUGUUCAGACAUUGAAAAAUAAUCAAAAUGUGUCCUGAACAAGAUGAAUCUCUCAUCUUAUAUCUCCAGAUCAAAAAGAUUAAUGUACACAGAGAUUUUGAUGUUUUUGCCCCAUAGUGUGGGGCCCACAAUGGGCCCAAAGCUGUUAACCAGUAGGACUGGAAUGUAAAAUUUAAAUCUGUGUAUGUGGUAUGAAACAUUUUGGUUUUUGUCACUUUAUUUGAAGAGAAGUGAUUGGCUGUAGUUCCUGUCAGUAUUUGUUCAAAGUUUUGAUCUGCUGAAGGCCUUUUGAUUGUUUUUCUCACCCUAAUGGUGGCACAUGAUUAUCUAAUCACCAUCAGCUGUGCUACUAGGGCGUGGCCUAUAUAACAUACCAGUGCCUGUGUCCUACAAUGAUAGUUGAUCUUGAAGAGGGCCUGAGGGCUGAAAUGUCAUCCAUAUAAAAGGGAAAUGCAUAUGGAGCCAGAGUGUGCAACACUUUUUUCCUGCUCUUGAGUGAAAUACCGACAAAUAGGUCUUUGAUAGAUGUCGAUCAUCAACAUCAUGAACAUCUGUGUGGGUUUAUGUAGAUAAAGACAUCAGUGUGUUUUUUGAGCAGGAACCUCUGAUUCCAGUGAUACAAUCCUUUUUUGAAUUGAAGAUUUGAAAAUUUGAAAGAUUGUGAACCUGUCAUUUAACAUACUGCAUCUUAUACCAUUUAUCUGUGGAAUUAUAACACAGUGUAUUAUUUAAUAAGGUGGGCACAACAUACAAGCUGUAUCAUUUUUAUUUAUUUGCUAAGUCUCUAAACUCAUGAUCUCAAACUCAAGUUAAUUAGCAGAAUAGUGCACAUUUGAUGCAAGACAUGUUUAAGUGUGUGUGUAUGUGUUAGAGAUCAAAAUUUGAACCGGCCAAUG